GCAUAGCAUGCUCCAGGGCCUUAGUACCGUUGAUCUAAUCUAACGGUGUUUAUUAAUUCUAAUUAAAUUGUUUAUUAUUUACAGUUUUAAAAUAAUUAAUCGGUACCAAUACAUUUUUAUAUGUGCUCUUUAGUCCCUAUACAGUUUUUUUUAAUAUACUUGUAUAAUAUCGUACCUAAUUUUGUUUUAAUCAUAAAUUGAACACCCAAUUUUUCUGAUUGUAUCUUAAUCAAGUUACGUUUAAUUUCUACCUCGAUAAAUCUAUUUCCAAGAGCAAUUUUGUCGUUUCAACACCAAAUUUCCCUUUCCCAUUUUCCCUUUAUUGUGAGUGAUGAACUUGUCAUCUCAUCCAUAACUGUCGAAUCAGUUCUCCUCCCAAGCCAUCUCCAAUCGCCGAUCACUAAAAUUUUUGUGCUUCCCAUCGAUAUAUACGAAUUAACGUUUCUUCUUCUUCUUGGUCAGCCGUCGCCGUCGAGAGCCAACAACACCCUCCGUUCCAUCCCCUGUCCUCCGCUCCUCCACCUCCCUUAUUCUCUUCAUCGAUUUGACUCCUCCAUCUCCACGAUAUCUCUAACUCCCCCGUUUCGCUUCCUUCAUCGUCGGCGAAAGCUUUCCCGACAAUUAUGGUGACUGGCGUACCAAGCACGAUCUGCUUCUAUUCCAUCGCCACCACUUUCCAAACCUAAUCCCCAAUGCCUAUUCCAAAUAACCUAAUCCCACAACCAUCGGAGGCAGAUCCGUUGUCCUUCCCUUCUUCCUCCCUCCCUCCCUCCAUCUUGCGCAGAGGAUCUCCUCACCAUCAUUGUCCGAGUCGGCAUCGUCUGGGUGGAGGACUCUUCCCAAACCCAAACCUAAUCGAAGAGUCAGGACAUGCAGCAACAGAUCAAGGCAUUCGAUUGAAGGCGCCGUCUUUCUGGGUUUCUCGUUCUGAGUUCAUCGUUCUUUGUUCGUUGUUCUUGGUUCGUCAAUCUGUUUUUUUAAUUUCUGGUUUUAAUUGAUUGAGGUCGACAUUGUUGGAUUUUGACCUAUCUAAAAUCGAAUUGAACCCAAUUGUGAAUUUACUUACGAAAUCCCCUAGGACGAGUGGAGUUGUGGUCAACACGCCGCCAAACUCGAAUCCCUACUUCAAGUUCCCAGAAUCAAGAAGAACGAGAAUUGGCAAACCACCGCAUCGGAAGCGACCAUCGCCGCCCAAACCACAACUGGGCACAAGAGAAGUAAAGUCAGAGUGACUCAAGAUAACUAAUCGGGAUGUUUAAUGAUGAUUGACGAAUGAGAAUCAGAGGAUUUCAAGGUUCCUGGAGCAAGAAAUAACAAAAUCUCUAGGACACUCCAACUCUCCUAGUCCUAGAGGUAGCCGAAUGGUGGAUCUCGGAUAUGGCGUUCUUUUUUAUAGACGUUCCAAAGGGAAGUAUAUUUUCUGGGUUUUGACUUUGAGGGUGACAGUGAAUUUGGAGGAAGGUGGUGUCGUACAAUGAACAUGAUAUAUCAAAUAGCUACCCUUUGAUAUUGAGCAAGUAAUAUAAUGAAUAAACUUUGAUGGAUAAUUUUUUUUAUCAACUAAAUAAUUUGGGUGUCGAAAAGUAUGGCUAAAAAAAGGUACUAUAAUGCAAAACACGAUGGCAAAAAUUGUUGGGGUACCAAAGUGCGCUUAGAAAUAUUUAAUGGAUGGAAUUAGUAAUUAUAAUUAUAAAUAAUAAAUAAUUUAAUCAUGAUUAAAAAUGACUGUUGGAUUAGAUCAACGGUGCAAAGGUCUAGAGCAUCGUAUGUGUCAGGAGCAUACGAGUCGUAUCCGUAUAUAUAUAUAUAUAUAUAUAUAAACAAAUUGUAGAUAAAACAACUACAAGAACGCAACCAACAACACGUGUCCGUCUAGAUUACGAUGAUAGAAAGGGCCUCCCCUCCGGAGAGCGGAUACCAUGACUAACUGUCUGUUUGGAUACAAUUCCAUAAGAAAUAGAAAUGGAUUUCCAUUCCCAAUUCUAACAUUUAUGGAAUUCCAUUUCCUUAUUUGUGUUUGGCAUAAUUCCAGCAAUUAUGUAAAUGAAUUGUACUCUUAACAAGCAUUAAUGAUUUAGUAUAUUUUUUUUUUCUUGAGAAAUGAAAUACUAAUGAGAGAGGAAUGAGAUAGUGGAAUUAUAAAAUAAUAAUAAAUAUGAAUGAGUUUCAUGAAUUCCAUCUCCACAAACCCAAUUCCUAUCACUUUUGAUAGGAAUUCUAUAUUCCAAUAUUUGGGUCAAAUGAAAUUUAUUUCCCAACCUUCUUACCAUUUCAAACAUGGAAUAAUGAAAUGGAAUUGGAAAUUGAAUUCCAAUUCCUGAUUUUUUUGUCCAUCCAAACAGGCUGUAAGGGGUCUUUAGUCACUUGACUAAGCCCUUUCUAGCCUUUAGAACUGAACACACCAAUAUAACGGUUAAAAAGUGGGAAGAGAUUUUUAAUUAGUGACAGGGGUAGUUUGGAUAUUAUGAAAAAUUACGAAAUAUACAAAUCAGACUCACAAACAGUACAAACCAUACAAACAAUACAAACUAGAGCGACAAAACAAACAAACCGAUUUACAAACAAUACAAAACAUACGAACUAUACAACCAAUACAAACUAGAUCCACAAACAAUACAAAACAUACAAAAUAGAAAAACAUACAAACAAUACAAACAAGAAUAAUAAACUAUACAAAUCGUAUUGAUACAAAAUUACAAACCAGACUUACAAACAUUAAACCACUUGGGACUUGGGGGGAGGGGGAAUGCACGUCUCACCGAUGACAGGUCCGUCGGGAGAAUUUCCCAGAAACGGAACGACGACAGGUGGGCGGAGGACAGUUUCAUUAUUUUUUUUUAUUUUAAUUGCUAAUUAAAUAAACUAUGUAAUUAUCAUAUUACCCUUCAUUUAGUUAGAUUAAUUUGAACCAUCAGAUUUUAAUGAGACUCAAUGGUUGAAAUUGACUUAGUCAUCGUGAUUUUUUUUAUAAUCAGACUUAGUCAUGUGAUUAAAGUACCCUCUAGUCACCAGAUCUAAGCCUCUCUAUUCCCCUUUCCCUUUCUAAGAGCUACUUUGUUCCUCUAUGUGUGAGUUUAAAAAAACGCAAGAGCUGAAAGUUUCAAUCUAAUCCACAUACUCAUACCAAGUGUCUGUCAAUUCGUCAACCAGCCUCUGUUCCUUUUUUUGUUAAGUAGUGGGGCAGAAUUUGGCCCCAAAAUUCCUUUUUUUGGUUCCCACCUUUCAUCCCCAAAACCAAAAAAUAAAAAAACUUGUAUUUCCACUCUCCUAUUGUGGCUAAUUUUAGAAUUUACUAAAUAUUUUUUAGCAAAAUUAUUUUUUUAUAGUUAAUAUCAAUUGUCACAAAAUAAAUACUUAAUAUUAAAAAUUAUCAUACUUUUAAAAAAAAUUAGGGAUAUUGUUUGUGUCUAGUAGAUACUAGGCGGUUUGUGGAGCUGGGGCGAGGCGCCUGUUCUCGGAUGUAGGGGAGUACUCCUGAUACUCUGCAAAACAACGGUCCGGCGCGGUUCGCCCGGGACACUCUCCGAAGCUUAAGUUAGAGAGAGAAGGGGAGAGGUAAGAAUUUAUGUAGAGAGAUGAAUAGUAGUUGGCCUUACCAUUAAUGCACUCACCCUCUAUUUAUACCUGGUUUGAGGGUGGUUGGAGCAUUAAAUGCUAUGUCGGGCGCCCCGGAACUGGUCGGGCGUCCCGUGCAGGCUUUCAGCCUUUCUGCAGGCCGCCUGUGGCCGGCAAUAAAUGCUCAGUCUUGCUGUGCUGCUCAGUUGCUUUAUGUCAGGCGCCCUUAUCUAUUCCUCGGGUUCGCAGUCGAUCAUGGACCGCCCGCUGACCCGGUCUUUCGAUCGGGCCUGGCCUCCUUAUUGGGCCUUAACCGCUGACUCGCCUCUCUUGGGCCCGAGGCCCAAGUACGCUUAACUAUGCGGCCCAACGGAUAUAAAAUAAAAGUAUAACACCAUGUUGGCAUCUUAUCUCUAGUUGAAAUAUCUCCCUGUGUGAUCUAUUUGCUUCAAAUGAAAUCGAGAAAUCAACAAUGGAAGAAAGUAAAGUACACAUAUAUUUUUUGGUUCAAUAAGACGAUCCCUGUUAACUAAUCGACGAUCAUAUGAGACAAAUUUCACUAUAUUUGAUGAGACACAACUAAUCUCCCGUGACUUCUAGUCUACGAGAGAUAAUCUAACUUCAAAUCAUAAUAACACUUCAAAUAAUAAUGUUGAAUCUGCUUUUUUAAGAGAACUUUUAUUCCAUAUCAUAGUUAGGGGAAACAAAGCCAUGGCCAAUGUUCCCGAUUUAGCCUCAAAGCAAUUGUCAAAGUUUGAUAGUCUGAGUAGACAAUUAUUGGGCAAUUCUCUUGAGCUGCUAUAGUAACAAAGUGAAGAAUGGCACAGGCUUCCACCUGAAUGGGAUAGGAACAAGAAGAGAGACCCAACCUUGUCAUCGUACACCUCACAUGGAAAUUAUAAAUAGUAAUCACAUAAGCCGCCAAUUGUAAAUUAUAAUUAAAUGAACCAUCAUAGUGCACAAUUUUCUGGAAAGGGCCAGGUGGUGGUGAAUGGUGUGGAUGGGAACCCCUUGGUUGAGAAGACAAAGAUGAUGAAGUAUGCGAGAUUGAAAUACAGAUGAAUCCAUUGCUUCCUCGAUGCUUUGAGAGUCACGUUAAGGCAAUCUUACCGCGUUUGUCGAGGGAAGGAACCUUGUUCUCAAAUACACAUAUGUUAUGUUCAAUCAAAAUGUACCAUAAGCAGCAAUCCUAAUACGAUCUUCCAACAUAUGCUCUUUAAGGUCCACCAUCCACUCGUAAAAUGAAGUCUCGACAUGAGGAAGGGUAGAGAGCAAACUCGAAGGUAAACAAGUAUAUGAUGCAUGAUGGAAAUGGAAAAGGCAGUGCAUGAUUGACUCAUCAAAACUCUCACAAAUCGUACAUAUUGAUUCGGGGCACACUUGCAAGAAAACAUUCGAGCUCGAGUCGCAAUCUCACUUUUUCCACAUUUCCAAAUAAAUAAACAAAGGUUAGAAGGAAGUGAAAUUGACCAUAACCACUUCCAGUCAACACUUUCAACUUGAGAAUGAAUAGACUGGUCGCGAGCCACUCGAAGUGACUGAUUCCCUGAUUUUACACUAUGAGCUCCUCUUUUUUUAAUAUCAAUUUCAUUCAUUCCAAUCUAAUAAUUCGGGAGGAGGCUUACAACAAAGGAGAUAUAAUGUCAAGAAGCGUUAUCAAAUCAGGUGGUAACGAGUUACACCGUGCAUAUUUAGCGACACAAUCAACCUUCUUAUUGUGAUUACGGUUAGUGAACUUGACGUGGAUCCAAUUCAAUUGGGACAAAAUGCAAACUGUAGAUGAAAGCAAAGCAUGGCACCGCCAUGAACAAGAUGAUGGAGUAUUACUCAAAGCUUCAACCAAAGGUUUGCAAUCAGAGAGGAUCUCAAACGGGGUAUGAUCUAAAGACUCCCUAUAGCAUUUCCCGCAAUGCACAAGCCUCAACCUCGACCGAGGAUGAACAAAUGACUUUACAUGCACAACCAUCAUCAGUGUGUAAAAUUUCAUAACCAUUUAUCUUGGGCAUCCUGGACCAAUUGCAACUCGACACUAACAUGAACAACUUCCUCAUUCCAACCUCUAUUCUCGGGGAAGAUCGAAUCACUGACUCUGAAGGAGGCUUAUUCCAACAAGGAAAUUAAGGGAGAAAGAUGGU